AUGAUGUUAAAAUACACACACAAAAUACCGUUGGACUUUUGUCAGACAACAGGGAGAGAUUACAGGGAGAUACACCUAUUGAAAGAUAAAAAUAAUUAUAAUAAUAGAUAACUGAUAAGAGAUUAUUGAUAAGAAUUGAGACAUUGAAAUAUAUUUUGAUGUUGAAGAAAACAUCAUCAACAGGGUUUGUCUAUUUAAUUUGUCAAUGAGAAUAUAUAAAAAAAAUAAAAUAUUUAUUAUGAAUUGACACUGACGUUAUUUGUUGUGUUAAAAGUUUGAUAAAUUAUUAAAGUGGUAAUGAGAUAUUGAUUGCAGUAAUUUAAAAAAUAAUAAAAAUGAUCAAGGGAUACCCACCGAUGGUCCAAGCUCUUCUUGGUACCUUGUUCACCUGGGGAAUGACUGCUGCUGGUUCUGGUCUUGUUGUUGUCAUCAAAGGAAAACAGAGAAAAUUAUUAGAUGCAAGUCUUGGUUUUGCUGCUGGUGUAAUGCUUGCAGCAAGUUACUGGUCAUUAUUAGCACCAGCAAUUGAAAUGGCUGAAAAAAGUAAAAAUUAUGGUGUAAAUGGUGAAUUUGCAUUUAUUCCAGUUGCAAUUGGAUUUAUAAUUGGAGCAGCAUUUGUUUAUGCAACUGAUUUAUUAAUAACAUCAUUUGGUAUACAGUCACCAAAUAUGCAACUUGCAAUGCAAUCAUCAAUGACAAAUAAAAAAUUUAAAAAUCAUGAUAAUUAUGGUGUCAAUAAUACAUAUCAAUAUGAUAAUUUACAAAUUUCAAAAUCAUAUUUAUAUGAAUCAACAACUAUUGAUGGUUUUGAUAGUAGAAAUGCAAGAAGACGACAAACAGAAUUACCAUUAUCAAAAGAUACAGAAAUAACAGAUAUUAUUAAUUCUGGAUCUGAGGCAAAAAAAAAACAAUGGAGACGUGUUUUGUUAUUAGUCGUUGCAAUAACAGUACAUAAUAUACCAGAAGGUCUUGCUGUUGGUGUUGGAUUUGGUGCUAUUGGAAGUAGUGCAUCAGCAACAUUUGAAAAUGCAAGAAACUUGGCAAUUGGAAUUGGUAUACAAAAUUUUCCAGAAGGUCUUGCUGUUUCUUUGCCAUUACAAGCUGCUGGUUUUAGUACUUUUAAAAGUUUUUGGUACGGUCAAUUAUCUGGAAUGGUUGAGCCAAUUGCUGGUGUUCUUGGUGCUGCUGGUGUUUCAAUAGCAGCACCAAUUUUACCAUAUGCACUUGCAUUUGCUGCUGGUGCUAUGAUUUAUGUUGUUAUUGAUGACAUUAUACCCGAAGCAAAUCAAAGUUCAAAUGGAAAGCUUGCAAGCUGGGGAGCAAUGGUUGGUUUUCUAGUCAUGAUGAUACUCGAUGUUGGAUUAGGAUAAAAUAACCAAAUGAAAUUUCAAGUAUUUUUAAUUCUAAAAAAAAAUUAAUGUAUAAAGUAAUUCAAUUUAGAAAAUCUUCAGGUACUAUAAAUAAUAAUUUUUGAUAAAUUUUUUUUAUUCAAUUUCAAAGUUAAGAUUAUAAAUAGUGUAUUGUUAUUUAUCAUGAGAUUUAUAUUAUCUUUAAAAACUCACAAAUAAUAUUUCUAGUAAAUUAAAUACUCGAUAUGUAAAUAAAUAUUAUCUUUCAAACGCUUAAACAUUUUUUUUUUUCAAUUUUGUAUAUAAUUUUCCUGAUGAUUAUCGAAUGAUUGAUUAUAAAAAAAACAUUGAGACAUGUUUGUGUAUAAAUUGCGAGAUGGUCAAUGUUAAGAAAAAAAAAAACAAACAUUUGCAAUAAAUAUAGGUGGUUAUAAAAAGGAGGGAUUGCAAAAUAAGAACGCAUUAAAUGAGUGGGAGGUGACUGGGAGUUUGCCGAUUGGUCUUAAUCCUACAAGAGGAUAAUUGUAUCCAUGGAAACGUACUUGAUGGUAUUAUUGCAAGCCUUGAGUUGCAUACAUAUAUACUUGCUAAAGCUAAAUAAUUCAAAAUUUUAAAUUCACGAGAAAUAAAUUAAUUAAUCUACUUAUAAAAUUAUCAAUAAUUUCGAUUCGAAAUGAAUCUAUUUUUCUAUUUUAAAAUUGACGUAAAAAAAGUAUUAUAAAUUUGUUAUUUAAAUUGAAAUAAAAAAUAGCUAAAUUAUCAAUAAUUUGAAAUUAAAAUAAACAUUAUAAAUUUAAUUUUUAACUUGACAAAAUUCAUCUUAAUUAUAAUAUUAAAAUCGAAAAAUAUGACAUUAUUUUUAGUAUAAUUUAAUAGCUAUUUUAGUUUUUAAAAAAAUAUUAAAUUCACGAUGGAAAUUAAAUGCAACAAGUGUUUUUUUAACGAAACAUUUUAUAAUACUGGCAAAAAAAUCUACUAAAAAUCAUCAAUAACAUUAUUUAAAUUGAACAAAAUAAUAUUAAAUUAUUUAUCAAUUAAAAUAUAAACACAAAAGAAUUAUAAUUAAAUUUCGAAUUAAAAAAAAAUUAUAUAUCUUGAGCUUAAUUUAAUAUUUAGUAUAAAGUUUUUUAAAAAAU